GAAAGAUGAUGAGAAGUAGAUCUAAAAGUCCAAGACGCCCAUCUCCAACUCUCCGGGGUGCAAACUGUGAUGUAGAACUUUUGAAGACAACAGCAAGAGACCGUGAAGAACUUAAAUGCAUGCUGGAAAAGUAUGAGCGUCAUUUGGCAGAAAUUCAGGGUAAUGUGAAGGUUCUUACAUCUGAAAGAGACAAGACCUUUCUUCUUUAUGAACAGGCACAGGAAGAAAUUGCCCGACUUCGAAGAGAAAUGAUGAAAAGCUGUAAGUCUCCUAAAUCAACAACAGCACAUGCUAUUCUCCGGCGGGUGGAGACUGAAAGAGAUGUAGCCUUCACUGAUUUACGAAGAAUGACCACAGAACGAGAUAGUCUGCGGGAAAGACUAAAGAUUGCUCAAGAGACAGCGUUCAACGAGAAGGCUCACUUGGAGCAGAGGAUAGAGGAGCUGGAGUGCACAGUUCACAAUCUUGACGAUGAACGUAUGGAGCAAAUGUCAAACAUGACUUUGAUGAAGGAAACCAUAACUACCGUGGAAAAAGAAAUGAAAUCACUAGCAAGAAAGGCAAUGGAUACUGAAAGUGAACUUGGUAGACAAAAAGCAGAGAACAAUUCUUUGAGACUUUUAUAUGAAAACACAGAAAAAGAUCUUUCUGAUACUCAGCGACACCUUGCUAAGAAAAAAUAUGAGCUACAGCUUACUCAGGAGAAAAUUAUGUGCUUGGAUGAAAAAAUUGAUAAUUUUACAAGGCAAAGUAUUGCACAACGAGAAGAAAUCAGCAUUCUUGGUGCAACCCUCAAUGAUAUGGCUAAAGAAAAGGAAUGCCUGCAAGCAUGUUUGGAUAAAAAAUCUGAGAAUAUUGCAUCCCUUGGAGAGAGUUUGGCAAUGAAAGAAAAGACCAUUUCAGGCAUGAAGAAUAUUAUUGCUGAGAUGGAACAGGCAUCAAGACAGUCUACUGAAGCCCUAAUUAUGUGUGAACAAGACAUUUCCAGAAUGCGUCGGCAACUGGAUGAAACAAAUGAUGAGCUGGCUCAAAUUGCCAGGGAAAGAGAUAUCUUGGCACAUGAUAAUGACAAUCUCCAAGAACAGUUUGCUAAAGCUAAACAGGAAAACCAGGCACUGUCCAAAAAAUUGAAUGACACUCAUAAUGAACUUAAUGACAUAAAACAGAAAGUCCAAGAUACUAAUUUGGAGGUUAACAAACUGAAGAAUAUAUUAAAGUCUGAAGAAUCUGAGAACCGGCAGAUGAUGGAUCAGCUCCGAAAAGCCAAUGAAGAUGCUGAAAACUGGGAAAAUAAGGCCCGUCAAGUAGAGGCAGAAAACAAUACCCUCAAAUUGGAACUUAUCACUGCUGAGGCAGAGGGUAACAGAUUAAAAGAAAAAGUAGAUGCCCUCAACAGAGAGGUUGAGCAACAUUUAAAUGCAGAAAGGUCUUAUAAGUCCCAGAUUUCUACCUUACAUAAGUCUGUUGUAAAGAUGGAAGAGGAGCUUCAGAAGGUUCAGUUUGAGAAAGUGUCUGCCCUUGCGGAUUUAUCUUCUACAAGGGAACUCUGUAUUAAACUUGACUCAAGCAAAGAACUUCUUAAUCGACAGCUAGUUGCUAAAGAUCAAGAAAUAGAAAUGAUGGAGAAUGAGUUAGAUUCUGCUCGUUCUGAAAUAGAACUCCUUAGGAGUCAGAUGACAAAUGAGAGAAUCUCCAUGCAAAAUCUAGAAGCUUUGCUCGUAGCCAAUCGAGACAAAGAAUAUCAGUCUCAGAUAGCACUUCAAGAAAAAGAAUCUGAAAUUCAGCUUCUUAAAGAACAUCUUUGUUUGGCAGAAAAUAAAAUGGCCAUCCAGAGUAGAGAUGUGGCCCAGUUCAGAAAUGUUGUAACACAGUUGGAAGCUGAUUUGGACAUUACCAAAAGACAACUAGGGACAGAGCGCUUUGAAAGGGAGAGGGCUGUACAAGAACUUCGCCGCCAAAAUUACUCAAGUAAUGCCUAUCAUUUGUGUUCCACAAUGAAACAAAAUGCAAAAUGUCAUUCACCAGAUCGUGCUCACCAUCGAUCUCCUGACCGAGGCCUAGAUCGAUCGUUAGAAGAGAAUCUUUGCUAUAGAGAUUUCUGACAUGUGAAAAG